UCUCAUCAGAUCUCUCAUCUCGCUCUCUCCCUUCCUUCCUUCCUUCCUUCUGUGCUCAUUCCACUCCUCUCAUCCAACCCUCCUCCCCUCAACCAUCGCCGCCCCACCAGAAGAGAUCUCAAACCCCCAAUGCCCCCCUUCCCCGAGCUAGGAGCGCGGCACCUCGCCGGCUUCCUUCUCUGUAUACUCUCUAUUCAGCUCAUCCUUCGCUUCCACGAACCGCUCCAAUCCACCUUACUCUCCAGCCCUGGACAGCAACAAAAACAACAGCAACAGCAACAGCAACAGCAACAGCAACAGCAACAGCAACAGCAACAGCAACAGCAACAGCAACAGCAACAGCAACAGCAACAGCAACAGCAACAGCAACAACAGCAAUAUGAGCAAUAUGAGCAACCAUCCUAUAAUGAAAGCCUACACCACCGUCCAAAUGUCCCAUUGUCCCUUCACCAACUUGAGAUCCUCGAUGAACUCGUAGCAACCAUCGGUUAUCGGGAAGCUUUCCGGACCUUUCGUGAUGCAGGACUCACAGAUAUCCACGGGACAUCAUCCAUUAGAAAUCCCGGGGAUGCGAAAUUGGUACGUGAUCAGAUCGAGUGCUGGACACGGCAUGGUGAAUGGGUCCGUGAGGACGGGAUCGAGAUCGAGACCGAGACCAAAACCGAGGCCGAAACCGGCACAGGAAGAAGCGCCUGGGCGGCGAGGAAGCAUUUGGGAAAUCCAAGUUUUGUCAAUGUCUGCGAUGCUCGGUUCAAGAAGACGCUGGAUCAAAACGCCAGCUAUGGGGGUUUCGGAGAAUUCGACCAGAUACAUCAACGGUGGAACGUGAGGGAGGCUGUCAAGUAUCGAUGGGUACCUGAUGAGAGCAUCUGUGGACCAGGAACAGGAACAGAAGCAGGGACAGUGCCAGGGCCAGGGCCAUGGCCAGGAACACAAUCACCUCCAGGACCCCCACGACCUCCAGGACAGGCAGAAACGAACGGGGCGACGACCGUGACGGCCUUCAGGAACGAGACCUCGAUCUACCAACGCUUCAACGUCUCUCAGUUUUGUUCUUCUCUCUACGAACGUAACGUCCUGGUAGUCGGCGACGUGACCCAGCACCAAAUCCACGACUCAAUCCUCAGCGCCGUUGGAAACCCCGUUCCCUGUACCGGUGAAUUAGGAUGUGUCGAUUCGAAAGCUUCAAACCCGAUCUGUGUAAACUCAACCCUGAGCUUUGUCCGAAACGAUCUCCUCUCGGUCCCCACUGCCUUAAACAAUGGCGACUCCACCACCACCAUCAUCAACAACAGCAACAACAACAACAACAACAACAGCGAUGACAACGAUUUCUCAAGUGGCGUAUUGGUUGAACAACCAUGGGCCACAGAGGAGAUGUUUCAAAAGUACAGGAUCGUGGUAUUAAAUAAGGGACUGAUCUGGAGGACGGAUGUUGCGUUCUUGACACGCUUGGUGUCUACGAUCAAGUAUGUCUGGAAGUGGUAUCCGAAUGUGAUGUUCAUCUAUCGGGCCACGCAUCCACUAUCAGAUUGUACAGUGUUGAAGGAACAGAGGGAGGAUGAGGCCAUCGCAGGACCCGAUGGAAAAUCCGUGGUACCCGGGACCAAGGUGCAGAGACCACUGGAGAAGGCGCUUAAUCGGGCUUGGGAAGAUACAAAGAUGACAAUUCGUCGGCCGACGUUGGCAGAUGUGCAGAGACAGAAUCGGUUAGCAAAGCUAGUUGUCGAGAAUGCGGGGGGGAUCUUCUUGGAUACAGAGGAGAUGUUUGCGAGGAGACCCGAUGGACGGGUCGGGGACGGGGGUGAUUGUGCGAGGUUCUGUGCACCGGGGCCUAUAGAUGUGUAUGCGGAGCUGUUGUACAAUGCCUUGAGGAUCCUUCCUGGUCCUCUCCCGGACGAUGAAAUACCACCACCAACCAUAUAGGUGUAGAGAAAAAAAAAAAAAAAAAAAAAAAACAUAAAUGAAUAGAUAAAUAAAGGUCAUAUUUAGUAAGUACA